UGAGGUGGCUGUGCCAAGCUCAAUUUUUCAUCAUUCCUUUUGGUUUCUCACCUUCGGGGAGCCCUCUGUAUCUGGUUUAGCCGCUUCAAAUUGCACCUAUUGGCUUUCUGCCAUGAAACUCAUGCAGGUUCUUAUGAAACUUAGUCAUGAAAUUGUCACCAUUGAACUGAAAAAUGGGACUCGGGUACAUGGAACAGUGCCAGACAGUUUGUCUUUGAUACUUUGCUGGUUGGCUGUUGAACCAAAAGUCAAAUCCAAAAAAAAGGAGGUAGUUGCAGGUAAAGGAUGUGGAAGAGAACAUGGAAGAGGAUGA